AGCUUGUCAAGAGAACAAAACGCAUCAUUACUUGCAUUGUUUGUUGAAAUUUAUUUACAAGAAAGGAAAACAGGUGUUUAAAAUCAUUAUAAAUUUAUAAAAUAAACUCUUUGGUUACUUGAAUAUUGAAGAUUAUUACCUGUGUCCAGAGAUAAGCCUGGAUCAGCUGUUUGUUGUGAUACGUUUGAAGAUAGGGUUCCUUGAAGCCAAACCAGUUAAUCGCUAAUUUAUUUCUAUAGAAAGUGUUAAAUUUAUAUUUAUAUCUACAACUGAUGCCAAUUCAGACACCAAGCAAUAUAAAAUCAAUUAUUUACAAAAUUAAGCCGUUAAAAUAUUGCUUUCAUGUAAUUCGAGCAAAUAAUGGAGCAGAAAGCCACACAGGUGGGAGACCCUGCUGAUUUACUUGCAGAAACUUUGAGCACAAUUUGGAGAAAUUAUCAAAAUACUGGUGAUACUAAUGCUAAAUUACAUUGGAUCGAACUUUUUCUAUUUUAUUUUCAAUAUGUGGAGGAGGAGGCUUUACAAUCAAGCUAUAUAAAAAGUUUAAUACAUAAUAUUCCAGAAGAAAUUACCUCUUAUCUCCUUGAGUCGGUUUGUAACAUCAUAAAUGCAUCACACUUAUCAAUACCUUUACAAACCAAUGAAGGCGGUAGCACUGACCUAGCUCAAAAUGCGAUAAGCAAUACCAGCUCAAUUGCGGCGAAUUCCUUGCUGACAAAUCAAAGUUUUACACCGCUUAUACUAAAUGCACCAAGUGAUUGGGGCAAAAUCAUAGCUUUACGCAAUUUCUUAACAAAUCAUGUGGGCAAACAUUUACUCAGAUUCCUUUUACGCGUAGACAUUAAGCUUAUCGCUUCACAAAAUGGUCUUUGCAGUUUGUGUAUUAAACUAUUUCCAAACUGUAAAUGGAAUUCAAUAGAUAUUGCAUUGAAUACGUCACAAUCCAUACUCACAGCAAUCGCUACUAUUUCAACGCUGAAAACGUCCAGCAUAAGUCUUCAAAGAAUAGCUAAUACUCCAGUAAUUAAAUUAAAGGCAAAAGCACCUACAUUUCCUUUGGAAUUCGAGGAAGGUCUCGAGAUAUUUCGUAACACCAUCGUGAGUAGUGACGAAAUCGCUUACAUACUUGUGCAACUUAUGUUGAAAUGCGUUGCAAACGAAUGUGAAGAUAAUCUCACUUCACAAUCUGUAACCGUGAUAGCAUUAAAUUUCGCAUUAGAAUGUUUAUGUGCCGAUGGUGUUAUAUAUGAAACACAGGGGAAUGCCGCCACAAUAAAACUCGAACUACUACAGCUUACAAUACGUUGUAUUAAUAAUAUAUUUAAUGCCUCCUCCUGCCUGAGUGUUAUUCAGUUUGAAAAUGUGUUUGCAAAAUUAUCUAUCAUAUUAAGAAAGUAUGCUAUUAAAACAGCAGCAGAACGGAAAACGGAAAAGUCUUCUGUAUAUAAUGAUUGCUUGCCACUUAAUUUUUUAUUGGAAUUUUUAAGCGCAACCAACUAUAUUUUUUUCGAUAUACUACAAAAAAUCCUUAUACAACUUUAUAAAUCGAAGAAACCUAAUCCAAUUGGUGGACAUAAGAAUAGCGUACAAAAUUUAAAGUUUAUCGAUGAAAGUGCAAUUGAUGUGAGCAUUGAAACAUUUCAAAAACUUCUGCAAAACAUAAGCAACGAUGCCGAUGAAGACACCAUGCCGCGUACACUGGUUGUGUUGACAUUUAAACUACUGAUAAAAAUUAAUGAACAACUUUUCAAAAACGAACAAACGGUUAAGGGCAUUACCAAUUCCCAAAAUAGUUUUAAUACACGCAGAAAAUGCUAUCACUUUCGACAAGUCCAUUGCCUAGCACAAGUGCCGACCUUAAGCUGCUUUUUUCAGGGCAUUUUGCUCAGUUUAAUACCCAAAAUUAGCCUUGAUAUGCAGGAAUACGCUAUACGCUAUUUGCUACGCAUCGGUAUUUGUUGUUGCCACUAUACAAUUACCACGUACGCGACAUGUUUGCAAUUAAUUUUGAAUCUUACACCGUUAUAUCAGAAUUGUACUUAUAAAUUUCUACAUCAUCGUGUACUUUGUGUUAUCUUUGCGCAAGAUUAUGGUGCUGAGAAUAGAAGACAUGCGGAAGGUUGUGCCAAAUGUGAUAUAAAAUUUAAGUCACUAGAGUUUCGCAAGGAAAUUUUACAGUUAUAUAAGCAGAUAUAUGAAAAACUUUGUACAGAGGGCAGCCUUAAUACGAUCCAAGCGCUCCAAUCAUUGUUAAAGCAUUUGAAAUACAUAUCAGAUACACUAAGCAGUGACAUGGCUGCUGGUAUUUUGGCUGAGAUCGUUUUACCAACAUUUCGUAAAUUUAAGGCAGAAAUGUUUGAAAACCGCAAAGCAAAUAAUACAUUAGAUACUAAAAGUAAUGAGCAAAUGGACACUGGUGUUGCCCAACAACCUGCGCCUGCGAAUACCCAUUUCGUCACAUCAAGUCCUGAUACAAAAUUGAAAUCUGAUGUCACAAUCUCUCCUUCGAACAUUUUGCAGGAUUGUUUGAAUAUCUUCGUUGCCUACUUAGGCAUAGAUAUACGUUUAAUAAAAGCUUUCUACAAUGAAGAAAACGUAACACAUUUAGAGGAUCUCUUCUGCGAACCGGUUUUGGUGCAUAGUAUAUGCGAGCUUAUAAAAAUCGGCAUUGAUAAUGUGACAUUUUUGGGCGAAAGUGAUCAUGAGCAAAGUAUUUUGAGUGAACGCCUUAUUACGCUACUAUUGAAUGCCAGUGGCGAUAACGCGACACAAUUCAAUACACUCGUCAAACAGCCUACGCAGAGUAAUGGUGGUAACGAUAGAAGGGUGGGGGAUGUGCCAAAAGUAUUAAGUGCAGUGGAUAAUUUGUAUGUCACAGCUCUGCAGUGGUCCUUCAUUUAUGAACUGUUACAGACUAGCCACUAUUUUUUCAAUGAGUUCUCCAUACGUUAUAAUUUAAACCAAAAUAAUGCAAUAACGAUUACUGAUAAUGACAUCCAAACGCAAUCCACAAAUGUAGAGGGCUGUAAUAAAAACAAAUUGCUUAGCGACAAAACUAUGGAUGAUAUUUUUAAACUAAACUAUAAUGCAUUAUGCACUUUUUUGCAACUCUCACAACGCAAAUCAUCGAAUACUUCUAAACUCAUACAUUCACCUCACCGUAUCAGUGCCACAACAUCAUCCCCAAUGGAUAGCACACAAACAUACAAUGCAAACCCCGAAGCCAACAAAGAAGAGUCUUGUUACUUGUCAAGUUCACUUGAAUAUUUGCUCUCUAGCAUAGAAGUAGAUGCGGCUAAGCAAAUGUUUGAGUCGAUUAGUUCAUCGAUUGCAUCGGAUGCGUCAACAAUUACCGCUAUCUCUAACGCGCCAUCGCAUGAGAAUCAAUAUUUUGCACAGAAAGAUCACACUUUUGAUAGAGAUACACAGUGUUAUGCUGAAGCUUAUAAUCUGUCGUUCUUAAACAACAUAAAACAACAAAAUUUAGGUUGUUUGGGCGAUGUACUCAGCGUUGAGUCGGAAAAUAACGGUAGCAUAGUUAUAUUCGACGUACGUAAUCAACUCAAUUCACGCGCGACAACAAAUUUAACAUCAAACGCCAUAACAGCUUCACCCCUAAUCGCUUUCAGCGUAGGUCCAUUGACCAACACAACUGUAUGGAACUGUGCUGCCGACGCACUUUCUACCUCCUCACUGGUUGAGCGCCCAGAGACACAAGCAGCUGUACUAAACAUCGGCAUUAGCAUUUUUACUAAAUUUAUUAGUGCACUCGGCUCAUUUUUUGUCGGCAGUAAAACGAAUUCGGUGCAAGAUUUAAACCAAAGCUCGUCUGAAGGGUCACGAGGGCGUGAAAUUGAUCCGAACCUUAUUCGCUUGCUGGAGACUAGUAACGAUAGUAAAAGAUAUCUGCUAAGGUUGUUCGAAACAACAAUGGCUAUAAGCAUAAAAGGUUUCAAAGGUGAUGUGGACACAAUGCAAAAUCACUUGCGGACGCUAAAGGCGGUAAUACUGAGCUACGGCAAUACGAAGAAUUGUCAAACGCACACAGAAGAUCAUUCGCGCGAAAAUGCUGUGCUUAAAGCAUUGCAAAGUCUACUUAAAAUUGCAGAACAAACCACUACCAACACCAACAACAACAACAACGUAGCAGCAACCACAACCACCACAGAUGUGAAUAGUAGUAAAGGCUAUGAAAAUAAUGCAAGUAUAGAUAUAGAUACAGAUCCACAAUCACCUUUACGUCCACGAGCACGCUCAUUUAACAAUGCAAAAACUCAGCAUAAAAGUAGCAACGUGUCCACACCGCAUACAACUGGUUCGAAGCGUCCUGCAUCCGGUGAUUAUGUUGAUAUAGACUACUUUUCCGCACGUUUGUCGAUUUUCUGUGAGAGUGAGAUGGAGUUGAGUGAGAAUGAGAAUGAAGAUCGCUAUAUGACGGCUGACGAGGGCUAUGAAGCUGAUGGCGAGAUACCGGAAAUAUCCGAAUCAGAAACUGAAUUCGAUAAUAAGCAAGAUUUCUGGAACUCUUUUCAACCAAGUUCACGCUAUCGUGCCCACUUGCUGCACGAUGGUCUUUGUCAGCUGGUUGUAGAGAUACUGAUCGAGUUAUCAGAGCGUUGCAUUCAAAACCCAGCGGGUUGGAGUGAAUGUUUGGUACAAUUGGCAAAUCGUCUCUUUGUCAUACGUUCGCAUAUUGGAGACUCUUUGUUUUUGCUGCGAGGAUUUGCGCCUGUUUUGAAGUGUGGUGAUCCGCGUUUGAAAGAGCUUCAACAAUCUUUGCUGGAACUAAUAGUGGAUAUCAAUACUCCAGAAAUGUUAUGUACAUAUUUUAAUAUUUUGGCUGCAAAAAAUCCACCUGUCGAUUUGCUCAUGAAAUAUCUCAGUCAUAUUUGUAGCAGUAAAUUGAGAAAACCGCAAGCUAUGGUGGAAUUGGAAUUUCCCAUAUCAAUUGAUGGUAAAUGUACCUCAACCAGCGAUCAACGCUUAACAAUGGAAAUCGAUCGAAUACGUAAUAUGCAUAUAAAUGCGCAAGCCAUCACACCAUUAUCACGCACACCGUGUAUUAUACCUAUUCAACACGCACGAGUGUGGGGUAAUGAUGGGCUUACGCUCGCCUUUUGGCUGCAAAUGAAGGCUGGACAUGCUAACAAGUCCUCAACAGUGCAUUUGGAAGAUGAAACACGCAGUACGCAGGAGGAGAGUCAUAAAACACACAUUUUAUCCAUCGGUACCAAUCAAGUAUUGCUAAGCGUUUAUGUAAAUCGCGAGAUGAAAAUGGUUUUUGAAGCGAGCAAACCUAACGCUGAAAUUCAGCCACAAACACAAGCACCAACACCAACGGAGCCAACCGGCACUAUACUCGAAGAGACGACCGCUCAAAAUACAUCAAAAGAGUCAGCGGAUGGAAACAUCAAUCAUAGUAGUCCCACUAACUCCAAAUCAGCAACUCCAGUCACUUCACCAACCAACGCAACGAGUCCAUCCACAUUGCGUGUUGCUCUAAAACAAACCAAACUUGUUAUACUGAACAGUUUUAACAAUAUGCAUCUCUUUAAAUACCACAGCCAAAACCAAUCCUGUGAGAUCGCAUCGGUGGAACUGAAAUCAUUUCGAUUCACACGCAAUCGCUGGACACAUAUUGCAUUUAGUGUAUGCACACAUCAAGAUCAUAUGGAAUUAAAGGUCUACGUUGAUGGUGUGGAACAGGAAUUUGUCUAUUUGCAUUUACGAAACAUACGUACUCUACAAAGAAAUCACGCUUUUCAAAUAAUUUGUCUUGGCGACAGUGUACAUCCAGUCAAUAGCGCUGCCAACACUGGUGAAAAUACUGCAUCACGCACCACUGUUGAUGGUUGCCCAAUGGCAUUUGGCGUAACCAAUUUACUGCUAUUCAAUUGUAAAAUCACCGCUUGGGCAACAAUCGCGAAUUUAACAGCAAUGGGUCCAGAUUUUUCCGAACUUGCGCCACUACAAGUCAAUUCGUGGCGACCUAAUUAUGGCUUUGUUAAUUUAAGCAAAAUCAAGAAAGCGAAUUUCGGUAAUGUGGCGGAAGCCAUGCGUUUAUUGUAUGAGGCGCGUGUGCUGGUGUACACUGCCGAGUCGCCGGAUAUUGUAAUGUGUUUUAAUAGUGAAAUGAAUGCAAAAGAAGGUAGUGUGGUGAAUGCUGGUCGUGCUUUUGGCUUGGUUUUAUAUGGUGAACUGACACAAAAUCACUUACGUUCCUUGCAAUCAACUACUCAAUUAACCGGUGGGCUUUCUACAAAUCUAUAUUUAUUCGCAAGGGUUGUCGAGCUAAGCAGCAAUUCAAUGUCACAGUAUAUGGCAUUGGAUUUGUUUCUAAAUCUAGCCUUAUCUGACUCACAAUUAUAUGCCGAAUUUUUACGCAUCAAUUAUAUGAAUCUAAUCGGUUAUGUGGUGAAAACUGAUCGUUGUUCGAAAGAUGUGAAUCUCUUACGCAGCAUACUAAAUAAUGCUUGUUCACAGCCAGUAAUAAAUAAAAAAGGCGACGCGCUGGAAGUCAAUGAAAACUCCACAGCCAUAGUUGUAUAUCCACAACUGAUAACUUCUAUACUACACCGUUACUCAGACUGGCAUCGCUCGGGCGUCGAACAUUCCGAGGUGUUGGAUAUGCUUUUUCUUUGUAUUUUAGCUUUGACACGUGAAAAGCAUCCACAUCGUGAUUUAAAUUUAGAUCAAUUGAAUGAAGCCGGUCUGCUCAAAGAAUUGCUCAAUUUAUGUAAAGUUUAUGUUAUUGAGUCGCCAAAUCCCGUUUACAUAUCCAAGUGUGCAGCUGAGUCAUUUGUUGGUAUACUAUCCGUUUUUGCCGGUUCACCGCCUUCCACAUCUCUUAUGGAUGAAAUAAUGAAGCUUGCAUUGUUGUUGCAAAAGCCCAGUGAAUGCUACAUCACACACGAUAGAGCAAAAUUCUAUUUUCUACUCACACCACAACCGCCAGUUAAAGAAAGAUCAACAGCUGCUUCAAGUUUUGAACUCGUCACAACACCUUUUCGACGCAAGUCCAAACGUGAUCGACCUGGUCCUACCAUGACCAUUAGUGCAGACAAAACAGAAAUAAAUACGAAACAAAAUGAGCGUAUUAAAUGCUUGCGUAGAUUACACAUAACAGCUGCAAGCUCACCACACAAGCGCAAUUUACUGGAACUCGAAGAUAAUUUGGAAAAUGUUGCUGACUGUGCGAGAUUAAAUAAGAAAGCUUUGCGUUUGCUAAGUCCAGUUAACGUCGAAAAUUGGCGUACAAAAUUCAAAUACACUUCACCUAAUUGGUGUUCAUCAACAAGUCCAAUGAGAAAAUCACAAGCCCUGAAUGCUGAAAAGAAGUUAUACCUAUCAACAUAUACACCUAAUAGAAUUACUCACAAGCGUUUGAGACAUGCCUCUUGUAAUCAUGUACUAUGUAACAACGAAAAUCGAAAGCUGCGCAAACGUGAUACACAGUUAAUGGAAGGAUCAAUUUCCAGCAUUGAUGGUGGUGGUUCGGAUAAAGAAACUAUCUCCAAUCAUCAUUUAGGCUUUUCCGUCAUAUCGCCAGCAACGACGCAACAACAACGACGUAACAGAGUGUUGGUAAAAACGGAUUUCUACAAUUGGCCGGGUAUUCUUGCCUUACAAGAGGGCUUAUUAACGUUACUAAAGAAUUUUCUCUGCUUGUUGCCAGACAAUGCUGUGGAUGAGGUGCUCAAGCAUUAUGUUAAAGUCGAUAUUCUACUGGUAUUAUGCAAUAAUAAUAGCUGCGCUGUGCGUACGGCCAUAAUCAAAUUAUUAGCCGUACUCUUAAGGCGUCUGCAACCGAGUGAUAUUGGCCAACAUGUUAAACACCUAUAUCCACAACACUUAGCUAAUCAAAUGUCUAUAUAUACAACCGAUAUGCAAAUGUUUGAAGCUUGCUUGGAAUGGGUUACCGGCAUAUAUUAUAGUACAACGAAAAUCCUGAGUUGUGAUAUGCCACUCCAGAUUGUUGAACGCUUCGGCAUAAAUACGCUACUCUCAGUUUUGAUAAAUAUGCCCAACACACAGGGCAGCCAAAAAGCGAAAGCCUUUAAGAUAUUAAACAAAAUGUUCAAUACGGAUGGUGAUCAGCAACAGCUUUUAAUUGAAGCCGGCUUACUGAUUUGUUGCAUUAAAUCGCUUUUUAUUUUAUAUCUCUGCUCAACCGUUGUUGAUGUGGGCUUGGAAGAAUCAAUUUUAGUGCUUUUAACGAGAAUAGGCGAAAAAUCUUUGGUAUCUGUGGGUCAAAUAAAGUUUGUUUGGGAUAUACUCAAUAUGCUCACCUUUCUACACGAAGGCGCAAUCGGUUCGGUUAUAAAGAAUUUACGCUCAGCACAAGCACGUCUGCAAUAUAAAUGGGUUAGCAUGUUUUUCGAGUCUGUAAAUGAGCCGAGAAACUUCAAAGUAAAAACGUUGCCGAAUUCAUCACUAUCACUAGCUGAAACUAAAGAACGCUUACGCUUACUCAUCGAUCGCUGUGCCCAAUUCUUUACCAUUUGUGAUGCUAAAUACACGCCCAGCACGCCAGAAAUCGAACUGUUCCAACUUAUUGUUGCUUACAGCAUCGCCACUAGUCAGCGUUGUAAUAAUUUUAUAGCUUGGGGCCUACAACCAUCACGACCGCGUGAACUGCGCGCCUUCAUUGUUAAUGCACUUUGGAAUGCUUGCCAACCUGAGUUCAUGCCACCGGUUAUAGGUGAUGGCAAAAUAAUUAAAACAUUCUUAUGGUUAUGUUUGUUGGAGGAUUUGCAGAAGCCAUUGGAGAAUUUGCAGCAUUUAUGCAAGCAUUUGGGUAUAAAUGAACAUGAUUCAACAUGGAAUUUAGAGAGUGAGUUGGAACGCAUAGAAUUGAAUCGCAACGCUAUAGCAACUGAACAAAAAGGUAAGCUAGACGAGACGGUAUAUCGUUCGGAAUCAUUGGCUUUGAGCUGCAUUGAAUCAUCCAUGUUGAACACGAGGCGUGUUGCGGAAUUACAGAACUCCGAACGCAAGCUACUAAUGUAUCAAUUAAAAGACUACGAUGAUGCCAGCAUUUAUAAUAAAUGGUUGGGUAUUGUACGCCGCAUGACACACGAAGGCGCGCCAUGGUACUCAAAGGAACGCUCGGAAAAUUUUUGGGAAUUAGAUGAUACCGAAGGCCCAUCCCGAGUGCAUACCCGUUUGCGUCGCUGUCACUUGGAUAUCGAUAAACGUUUUUUCAUGGAAGAUUAUUACAAUAUUGAAUUACGAAACAAUGAUAUUAGCAUGAGUACCAGUGCUUGCUUUGGCAACGAAUUCAUACGACCAUUGGAAUAUCUUUUAUCCAGUUAUGAUCAACAGCUCAAUAUAUCGCUCAAUUCUCAAAUACUUUAUAAUUUUCCUGCCAAAUUUUUACCAGUUGAUGGCGAAAUUGAUGGUGAAAUUAUUAUAACCGAUCAUAAAUUAUACUUUAUGGCAACAUAUCGUUGCAAAUACUUUUACAUUAACUGUGAUAUCUCGAGUAUAAGUGAAAUUUGGCUGAAACGUUAUCAGCAUCAAGAAAAAGCUUUCGAAAUAUUUUUAGAUACAAAUCAAUCGCUAUUUUUCUCACUACAAAAUCAAGAGGAUUACAAAAUUAUGUACGAUGUGUUUUGCGAUAAAAUUGUGACACAUCCCGAUCAAGCAAAGAUACUUGUAAUCACGCAACAAUGGCGCGAAGGUCUAUUGACCAAUUGGGAAUAUUUAAUGACACUCAACCAAAUAGCUGGACGCACCUAUAAUGAUCUCAUGCAAUAUCCGGUAUUUCCAUGGAUUUUAUCAAACUAUUCCUCCGAUAUUUUGGAUUUGACUGAUAUAACGAAUUUUCGAAAGUUGGAAAAACCAGUCGCUGUGCAGCAUGAAGAGAAUGAGGAACAUUAUAUUAGCAAUUACACGUAUCUCAACAAUACGAUGACUAAUAUGGGUUCUUUAACACUGAAGCCUUAUCAUUAUAGCUCACAUUAUUCGAAUUCUGGCACGGUUCUUCAUUUUCUCGUGCGGGUACCACCUUUUACGAGUUAUUUCCUAAGAUAUCAAGACAAUAAUUUCGAUCUACCUGAUCGUACAUUUCACUCUCUGAACACUACGUGGAACUUGGCGAGCCGUGAUAGUCCCACUGAUGUUAAAGAACUCAUACCUGAAUUUUUCUGUUUGCCAGAAAUGUUUGAAAAUUUCGAACGUUUUGAUUUCGGCUGCCGACAAAAUGGUGAACGCGUUGAAGAUGUUCAGCUGCCACCUUGGUGCCAGCGGGAUGCACGUCUCUUCGUGUUGAUACAUCGUCAAGCUUUGGAAGCAGAGUUGGCGCGUAAUCAACUACAUCAUUGGGUAGACUUAAUUUUCGGCUAUAAACAAUCUGGCGAAAAUGCAGUCGAAGCAAUUAAUGUUUUUCAUCCAGCGACAUAUCCUUCAUUCUUGGAUUCCAUUACAUCAGAUCCCAUUGAACUCAAAGCGGUAGAAACAAUGAUCAAAACGUAUGGACAAAUGCCGAGACAGCUGUUUAAAAAUGCUCAUCCACAAACGAAAACAUUAAAUUAUUGCCUCGUCAACAAAGAAGUAUUACCCACUGUGCGGGGCUUGAGAUGGGGUGUCUACUUGGGAUCACCUCAGCUGCCAACUCCAACGCUCGGAAAUAUUUACAAAAUACCGGGCGCUGAAUACUUAGUUUCGUUCAAUAAUACAAAUGCCGUGUAUGGACUACCAACAAAAUCGUGUAUUAUGCAAGGUGCUGAGGUCGAUACUUUCAAUGUCAUAUCUUGGCAUUACGAUGAUCACAUUGUGCGCAUACAACCAUUAAAUAAAUUGUUUACAAAACCGAAAAAUAUACUACGCAGUCAAGUGAUUGAUGAUAUUAGUGCCUGCGGAGCCGAUCCGAACUCAAAUCAGCUUUGGUUUGGACACAAGUCCGGUCGCAUAAGUAUAUACAAAUGCGGCAAUGCGGAACUUCAUAGUCGAGCAGUCAAGAGCAGACAAAAUUAUAUACGCGGCUUACGGCGAUCUUACAAUUCAGCAUUUCGCAAACUAACUACAACCACUAGAAGUUAUUCGGAUGAUAAUGAAUCCGGUCAUGUGGCACCGUUAUCAAGCUCAACCGGCUUGGGCUCGUCGAGCUCAGACGCGCCUCUACGAGACUGCGCUGAUCUUACUUGGACGGGACCAACAAUUUUACUGCGACAUUCCGAUGAGGUCACCAACAUACGUUUGUCUGUUGAGUUCAAGAUUGCAGUUUCAGCUGGACGCGAUGGUCUAGCCGUUAUUUGGGAUCUUAAUAACUGGAACUACAUACGCACAAUUGAUAGACCCACAGAGAUACAUCACUCUCCAAUAACAGUGAUUACCAUAAGCCCUACAUUAGGGGACAUAAUCACAGUGCACACCACACCGCAGCAACUGGUACAAAGAUCUUCACCAGAAAGGCAACAUGCAAACAGCGUUGAUAAUAACCAACAACAGCGACAACAAAGUACUGAACGCAUAACUUCACCAUCAUCAUCAACAACAACAUCACCAACACAACCGUCAGUGCCCGAUGAAUGUUUUGAGGUGACCGAAGAGAGUUUAGAUGACUUCGUGAAUGUCGCCAUAAAUCCGAAUGGUAAAUCGAUUAUGAGAUUACAUACGGCAAAUGCACGCUACGUUCAACAUAUUGUGCAUGAAGAUCGCAUUUUGGCAGCCACCUAUUCGUAUAUCAAGGAAGGAGUCGGCGUAAAUGUCAUAGCCACAGCUAUCGAAGGUGGUAUAAUACGUCUAUGGUCUAGUUGGAAUUUGAGUUUUGUUAGUGAAAUCAUUACAGGCAUAUCAAAUAUUAGAAGCAUUGUUUACUCAACACAUCAACAUCUCGUCGCUCUAACAAAGGACUCCCAUAUUCAGGUUUGGGAAACUGAGGGACUGUAUGGAAAUUCGCCUAAAUUUCCUCAAAUAGCUUAUAAGUAGUGAAGUGAUUACAGAUGAAACAAACUUACUGAAGAUUAUUAUUAUACAUACAUAUGUGUGUCUAUAAAAGAGCAAUAACGUUUUACAAAAGA